AUGGCAGCACUUAAUAAAGAGUUAAUAGAGGUGGAAUGGUCACUCUAUUGCAAUAUAUUUUAUCAUCUUCAAGAGGGAUAUUACGGAACGGCUUUAAAAAUUUGUGAUGAGGAAUUGCAUAAAGCAAGUGAUUCUCGACAACUCUUACUAUUCCGAUCAAUUGCUUUAAUUAAGCAUGGUCAGUAUGUGGAAGUGGUACGCCUGCUUCACUCGCUUCGUCAGGAUACAAUUAUUGGCUUAGCAGCAUCUGUGAUUCUUCGAACAGCACAUGCUUUACUAAAAAAUCCAGAUCGAGAAGAAAUAUCUGAAUUGGAUCGAAUUAUCAAUGAGGCAUGCAAUAAUGCAGAUAUGAAGGCGAAAUAUAAUGCCGCAGUAGUUUAUAUGUUGCUUGAUAGCAAUGACAAAGCUCGUUGCUUAAUCGAAGAAUCAACUGAUCCCAACAAUAUUCAAUUAAUUGUUCUUCAAGCUUUGAUUGAACUCAAUCAUGGCAAAAACAUAAACAUCGCGCAAAAGCUUUUUAAAAAAGGCAUUGCAGCAGAGUAUCCGAUUGCAUACAUCGAAAUGGCACGUUUAUUGGAAAGACGAAGAAAUUUGACAGAGUUGCGUCAAGUUCUUUAUACUUUGAUAAAGAAAGUUCCAAUUUUUCUUCCGGGAUAUAUUGAAUAUUGUAAAGCAUAUUUGAUGAGUCAUGAUUGGGAACAUUGCAUGGAAGAAGUACAAAGGACGCUAUUGCUACAGAAUGACUGUUUGCAAGCUCGUUGGUUAGAAGUAAUUCAUGAAUUGGUUAUAAAGAGCCGUGUAAAAGAGACUGAAAAUGCCCUGCAAAAUCUUGCAGAAGCAAUCGAGAAAAACGAGCCAAAAAAUUAUCAAUUGCAUCAUAAAAUUGCUCAACUUAUCAUUCGAAUCACUGCAUUUGAUCAUCCAGCAGCUAAAUUUGCUAGGAAGUUGCUUGAAAGAGCAGUUUCAGUGACGAAAAAUCAGGAUUAUUUGUGCGAACAAGUGAGAUUACUACUACAAAGCGGAGAUUUUAAAGCAGCUGAAACAAUUGCGUUCGAAGCGUUAAAAGAUUCUGUUACCCACAGUGUAGCACAAUGUUUCAUUGCAAAAGGUCACAUCGAUGAUGCAAUCACUCAGAUGGAAUUCAUAAAAGCAACACACCCGAAUAUCUGUCAAACUAGCGUGUAUAUCUACCAAAUGGCAAUAUUGGAUAAAGAGCAACAUAAACCAUUUGAACAGUUUCUCCAAAAAAUGCAGAAUGCAGUGAAUGUGCAUCUAUCAGCAUUACAGAGCACUGUUUUCGGUGUGGAUUAUUUGAUGUUGCUGGAUCCAAACUUAUUAAUUGAUAUGGCACUGGAACUUUACGAAUUUGCACCACUUACUCCAGAGAAUUCCGCUAAUGUUGUACUAAAAGAAAUUGAUAGAAUCCUAACGCUUGUUCGGAAUCAUUGUCCAGCAUUGUGGAUCGCUGUAUAUCUCUUAGCCAAAGCCAAAUAUCUUUCGACGGAUUUUGCUGAAGCAGAACGAUUAUUAUCAGAUUGUAUUGAUAAAAGUGAUGCUCCUCCAGAGGCUCACUUACUUAUGGCACAGAUUCAUCUGCAUAAAAAUAAUUAUGACGAGACUGGUAAAUGUUUGGAUAUUGGCCUGAGUAAUAAUUUUAAAGUUCGCGAACAUCCUCUGUAUUACCUUAUCAGGGCAAAACUUCAAAAGAACUCACAACAAAUCGAUGCAUCGAUACAAACUUUGCAGAAAGCAAUCAAACUACCUUUGUUCAAAGCUAGUCAAUCAAAAAAACGUCAGAAUUUGGAAGUUGUUGAUGCAGAUCGUAUUGCUAUCUACCUAGAAUUGAUGGAUUCCUAUCAGCAACUUGGACAACUUGCAGAAGUUGAUGCGGUAAUGAAAGAAGCGCACGAACGCUGGGCUGGCAAAACGGAACAACAGCAAUUCGUGUUGAUGGAAGCAAAUCUGAAAUUACAGCGUAAAGAUGUUAAUGGUGCAUUAGAAGUGCUUGCAUCUGUACCACCUACAGAAGCUAACUAUCAAGCCGCUCGUAUUAAAAUGGCUGAAAUUUAUUUGAACGAAAAAAAGGAUAAACGAAAAUUUGCUGUCUGCUUCAAGCAGCUUGUGCAAAACAAUCCAUCACCAAUGGCGUAUAUAUUGCUUGGCGAUGCUUACAUGAGCAUACAGGAGCCUGUCCGAGCAAUUGAAGUAUAUGAAACUGCACUGAAAAGCAAUCCAAAAGACGAUGCAUUGGCUGAAAAAAUCGGCCAAGCAUACGUCCAGUGUCAUUUUUAUGCGGAGGCAAUUAAUUACUAUGAAGCGGCACUGAAAAGUGGACGUAAAUCAGUAAUGAGGUUGCGCUUGGCGGAACUGUUAUUUCAGCUCGAAUAUUAUGAGAAAUGCGAAAAAGUGUUGCGUCAGGCACUUGAUGCAGAUCAGAAUCCUACCGACGUAGCUCGAAUGAGUGACCAUGUGUCUUAUUGGUCUUUGCUGUCGAAAUUGCAUUUUGAAAAUGGUAACUGGAAAGAAGCAACCACAGCGCUAGAACGUGCUCGUGAAAUUCAAUUAUCUAUAGUUGCAAAACCACCAGGCGAAGUUGCAAAUCUUGCCGAUGAGAAAAAACUUGCUGCAAAGAUAAGCUGUCAGCUAGCAGAACUACAUUGGAACCAAAGGGACGCACUUGCAAAUUUAUAUUUCUGGCUUGGAAAACUGGAUGCUUGCAAUACACAGUGUCAACUGAUUCUGAAUGUUGAUAGGAAUAACGAUCAUGCUACACUGAUGAUGGCUGAUCUGUUGUAUCAGUCGAACGAAGCCGAUAAAGCAACAAUCCACUUUACACAAUUGCUUAAUAGAAAUCCAAAUCAAUACUAUGCGCUAGCAAGAUGUAUUGAGUUGAGUUGGCGGAAAGGUAAUGUGGAACAAGCGGAAAAAUAUCUGAGAAAUGCUCUCAAUACAAAUCCUCGUGCUAUACUUCAUGCUGGUUUCAAUUACUGUAAAGGACUUCAUGAAUGGUAUACUGGAGAUCCAAAUGCAGCACUACAAGCUUUCAAUCGUGCACGACGUGAUCUGGAAUGGGGUGAACGAGCCACUUAUAAUAUGAUUGAAAUAUGCUUAAAUCCAGAUAACGAAAUAAUUGGAGGAACGCUUGAUUGUAAUCAGGAUAGCAAUACAAACAAUGGAAAUAAUAGAGAAAUGGGUACGAAGACAGCAGGAGGAUUGCUGAGAGAAUUACAACAUAAGCCUGGACUAGACUACAAAUAUCGACUAAUGGAAAAUUUCAUCCUGUUGAUGAGUAGCAAUCGCGGAAAUGUGCAACAGGCAUUGACCAAUUUUCUUAGCAUGGCCGAUACUGGAAAUCCAGAAGCGGUAAGUGUUGGCGCACUUCUUGGUUCAGCUCGAGCUUAUUUAAUUUUAAAACAAAUACCAAAAGCGAAAGCUCAGCUAAAACAUGUACUUGACUACCCAUGGACGUUGGAAAAUGCUGAUUAUUUGGAGAAAUGCUGGUUGCUGUUAGCUGAUCUCUAUAUCAAUCAAAGCAAGAAUGAUCAAGCUUCCGACAUAUUGCGAACUGUUUUGCAGCACAACGCGAGCUCAAUGAAAGCAUUUGAAUACAAAGGAUAUAUAUGUGAAAGAGAGCAGAAAUGGGAUGAAGCAGCCGCAAAUUACGAAGAAGCUUGGCGUUUAAGCAAAUACAAAAAUCCAACUAUCGGCUACAAACUUGCUUAUAACUAUUUGAAAUGUCGGAGAUUGUUCGAAUGCAUUGAAAUAUGCCAUCGCGUGCUAGAAGUUUAUCCGAACUAUCCGCGAAUCAAACGUGAAAUUAUGGACAAAGCAAGAGCGAGUAUACGCAUAUGA